UUAUUCUUCUUGGUUUGUUUAUUUUGGCUGAAAAAUCUGUUCCCCCCCCUGCCAUCUUACAGAAGGAUAUCAAGAGGGCAGCCUCUAGGAUUCUGGAGAGUGCAAAUCCAACCGCCAUGGCGCAUACGAGGUCCUUCACGGCUCUGAAGAAAGUGUUCGACUCUUUCGACUCUGAGGGCAAUGGACAGUUCAAGGAGCUUGUUAUGACUCUCUAUCCAGACACAGCCAGACCAACUCUCGACGAUUUUAUCCGCAAUGAGAUGAAAGCUAAGAAAAAGGCACAAGCCAACAAAGUGAAUCUCAACAAGCAAAAGCUCGAGGAAGCCAAGCAGCUCUUUGCCAUCUAUGACAAAGACGGAAAUGGGUUGCUGAGUUUGGAAGAGUUCAAGGAUGCUAUGAUGCAGGCAUUCACACUCGACGAGGCCGUGGACAUCUUUCAGCAUGCUGACCAGGACCAUGAUGGCUGGAUAAGUUUCGACGAGUUCCGUGCAUGGUACAAUGAGAGCGAAGAUGACAGGAAUGAUGGGGAGGACAUCGAUUUGCGCGACCAGCCAAGCGAGUUUGUCGACAACCGACACAUGGGAGCUGCGACGAUCGAGAUUGCGAAACGAAUGACGCUGGAUUUCAAGCUGCACACACCCUCCUCAGAUGUCUAUCGGCAGACUGGAGGCGCUUCUUCCUCCUCCGACUUUGGCUCUAGGCCUUACCACAGGAAGCCGUAGUCGUGAAACUCGAAAGGUGUAUCAUCAAUGAGCAUCCCCCUCCUCCAUCUCGGUUUCCCUAAUGAUUGCCACCACCAC